ACCAAUCAUCAGAGUCAGUGGAGGAACUUCAGAGUGGAACUGAAGAGUUUGGAUUGCAGAGUUUGGAGAGAGAUUUUGGCACCGACGCACAGAGGACGGUCAUCUCAUCUCUCCACCACUAAAACACACCAUCCCUGCUCUCUGUACAUGCCUGUACUCUCCUCUGAGAAACAAUAACACACACAGAGAGACAGACAGAGAGGCUGCAGGAUGUACACAGCCGGACUCAACCCGUUUUACGCGUCAAACUUCAGCCUCUGGUCCGCGUACUGCGGCUUCUCUGUGGACUCCAUGAAGAAACCCUCCUUCUGCAUCGCGGACAUCCUGCAGGCUGGAGAUGCGGAGAACAUCCCGGGGUCGUCUGCGCUCAUGGUGCACAUGGGAGGACACCACCAGCAGAACCAGCACCAGAACCAGCACCCAAACCACCACCAGCAGCAUGGCUCCUCUCCACUGCGUCCUUCUCCCGUCGCUCCGUACAGCAGACACGGACUACAGCUGACAUCUGUCUCCAGAACCACCGCGUUCAACUCCCAGCAAGCUCCUCCACCCUCCAGCAAAGACCUCAAGUUCGGAAUCGAUCGGAUAUUGUCGACAGACUUUGAUCCAAAAGGCAAAGAGAAGUCAUCACUAAGAGAUCUCACGUCCAUCAUUAGCUCGAACCGUCAGUCAGGGAUCCAUCACAUCCCCAUUCAGCCUCCGGCCAGCCAGUACUUCUCCUGCAUAGACCCCGGGAUGAGCGACGCGUCCUCCAUGAUGAGUUCACUAGGCAGCAGCAGCAGCAGGCAUUCAGGCCAGCAUCAGUUUCAGGACACCUUCCCAGGUAGCCACCCACAUGUAGGAGGACGUGAUGUCACAGACAGGAAACUGCUGUUUUUUGGAGGUCCGUACGCCGUCCUCACUAAAGACACGAUGCCACAGACGUACAAGAGGAAGAGGUCGUGGUCGAGGGCGGUGUUCUCCAACCUGCAGAGGAAAGGACUGGAGAAGAGAUUUGAGAUACAGAAAUAUGUCACCAAGCCGGACAGAAAACAGCUGGCUGCGAUGCUCGGGCUGACAGACGCUCAGGUGAAGGUUUGGUUCCAGAACAGACGCAUGAAGUGGAGACACUCUAAAGAGGCGCAGGCCCAGAAGGACAAAGAGAAGGAGCCGCAGCCCGAGCAGAGCGCCUCAGAGGCUGGCAGCAGAGAGACCAAAGAGCCGGCGGAGGAGUCCGAGAUGUGGAGCGAUGCACGGAGCGAGGGAGACUCCGACGAGGCUCCGGAGGAGGAGGAACACUCUGACGGACAUUUGGACAUUUGUGAGCAAACGAAUAAAACCAGCGUGAUCAUCACCGGAGGAGGAACCGGAGGAAGCACCGGAGGAGGCUGCAGCAGCACGCCGGCGAGCAGCGCUCCGGAGGCGGCCUCAGUCACAGAGCAGGACGCCUCUCAGAUACUCAUAUGAAGACUUCACUUUAUGAACAAUAUUAUAUUCUUUUUUUUUUUUUUUUUGACAGAAGAACGACAGUGAUGUUAAAACGCACCUGGAGCUUCAAUUCAAUUCAGUAACACUAUGAGACAUUUACACCAUAAAGUCAGGCCUGUAUGUGUCUAAUUCCUGGGAACAAGUGGAGCAUCAAGACAGUAGGCCAUGUUAUUUGUUCACAUUAAAUUUAGCCCAGACACACAGAAAAUAGUUCUAAUUAAUUUGUUAAUUUAAUUACAUUUUUUUUUUUAAAUUUUUCUAUUUUUUUAAAUUUAAAAUAUUGUAUUUUUAUUUUGUGUCUAAUUCCUGGGAACAAGUGGAGCAUCAAGACAGUAGGCCCUGUUAUUUGUUCACAUUAUUUUAGCCUGGA